GUUCGCCGCUGUGCCGAGGAAGCUCAGUAAACACCGCUCGUGCUACCGCUUAAAUUAUAUUAUUCUCGCGCUACCGCGUGCUCUCGAACAAUGAGCGAAUAUAAUGAAGCGUAUGUGACGGCCCUUCGUCAGCGUAUCAGGACAUUGGAGAUAGAGAUGGAAACGCGAAACGCAGAAAUCAAUGAUUACUGUAUAAAGAUAAAUGAUCAAAAGAAAUUAAUUUCGGAGUCAGUCGAACUAACAAAGUUCGUAAGUUCGAAUUACGAGGAUAAAAUGAGGAAUUUAGAAGAGUGCAUGAAAUUAUUAUUAAAAAACUAUAACAAAUUGUUGGCCGAUUCUAAUAAAAGACAGAAUGCAUUAAAUUUUUACCACAUGGAAUUCGACGAGUUAAAAUUCGAGAUAAAAAACACACGACGUAUGCUAAACUUGCAUUUCCAGAAGGAGAAGGAUUUGUUAAAUCAGUUAAAUGAACAGAUCUCGCUGCACAGAAUUCAGUUGGAAGAGAUGACCUCGAAGCAUCUCAUGUCAAUGAGUAUCCUAGAAUCCCAGGAAAGUAUUGAGCGAUUAUUAGAACAGGCUUUACAACUCAAUUCAGAAAAUGUUGACACCAUGGAGUGCGAGGAGCAUGAACCUAUGGAACAAGUGGAGGAAGAGAUGUUUGAGCUCCCAUCGAGAGAUAUAAAUCCAUUCGACAAGAACUUAAUAGCUGGCCUAUUGAAAAAAAUUAAGUUUCCACAACCCCAUCAUGCAGAUGGAUACAAAAGAAUAGAUGCCGAUCUAAAUAAGCUUCUACCUUCUGAGCUUUCUACCACGAUUACGCUCGAUACCGAGGCGUAUGAUUUGAAAAAGUGCCUUGGUAAAGGAAAGUAUGGAACAGUUUUUAAAGCAGUCAAUUUGCAAACAGGCGAGACUGUUGCCCUUAAAACGCAAAGACCUGCUUGGGUUUGGGAAUAUUAUAUCGUACGAGAAAUAAAAACGCGUCUUACAAAUCCACAUAUGUUACGCGGCUUUAUGGAUGUUACAAUGGCAUAUGUGGCCAACAAUGGAAGUGUACUAGUUUCAGAAUAUUCUAAGUACGAAACAUUAUCAUCAGUGACGGAACAGAUAAAAAUUGUCUGUGGCGGCAAGCCUCUGAUGGAAACUUUAAGCAUUUUCUUCACAAUCGAGAUGCUCCAAAUUGUGGAGUAUUUACAUAAAUGUCAAAUAAUACAUGGGGACAUAAAACCAGAUAAUUUUUUGUUAAUGCGACUACCUACGCAAGAUGUUAGGCCAACUAUACAGCUGAUAGAUUUUGGAAGUAGUAUAGACAUGAAACUGUUGCCAGAAAAUACAACGUUUACGCAAGUUAUAAAAACGGGAGAUUUCAGUUGCAUUGAAAUGCAAACUGGAAGACCAUGGACAUAUCAGACUGAUUUGUAUUGUCUAGCGGCGACCAGUCAUUAUUUACUGUUUGGCAAUAAUAUGAGAGUAUCUAACAUAGACGGCCGUUGGUUUAUUGCCUCGAAAUUACCAAGGUACACCAAGAAAGCUGCUUGGGAACAAUUUUUCACGGAGCUGUUAAAUAUCGAAUCAUGCGAGAAAAUGCCAGAUCUGGCGAAAUUAAGGAACAUGAUGGAGGAGACACUGGCGCAAGUGCCAGAGGUGCAAACGAAAAUUCGUGCGUUUUCAACAUUGUUAAGAAUUAAACGAUAACGCUUGCUGUAUUUGAUGAUAUGUCCCAAUGUGUGCACAUAUUUAGCAAAGAACCAACGUGUAAUAAGAAACAUUAAUGUUAUUGUGCUAUUUAUUAUAAAAAAAAAAGUUAAUGCUACAGUGAGAUAAAUAUAUAUGUAUCUACACAGUUAUAAUACACGAGAAUGCAUUUUACGGCCUGCUUCGUGGAGGCUUUACCAAUAUUCGUUGCUUGCACAUAUAAUAUCAAUAUUAAUUAGGACCACUAUGCAACGAGUCUAACUCCUCCAAAUUGUUUCAGAAACACGAGAUAUGCGGAAGAUUUUAUACGGUAGAGAUUUUGUAAAUGUACUUAUUUGUUAUCAAACACGUAUGCGCUCGUUACAAACGAAUGGUUGUACAAUAUGAUUUUAAAAAAGAUGUUAUAAAAAUUUGAAUAUGUAAAAAUAAAUAGUAUAAUAUGCGUGUGAUACAGUAUGGAUCCAAUUUGCAGGAUGAUGCGUUGUACGUAUAUUGAGUACUUGA